ACAGUGGAGUAUUGUGGCGGAUGAUUGCGUUGCUGUGGUUGUUUUCAAAGAACAAGCUAACCGAUCGAGUUCUCUACGGUGGAGCCCAAGAUGUGGUUCAAGACUUUCUCGACUGUGUUCGCUUUGACACAACUGUUUGGUCCGUCGAGUGAGAGAGCUUUGGAACUUUCUGUGAUUUCUUCAUCUCAGCUCAAGGCAGCAUGGCAAAUGCCCCUGGAUCGGACAUCGUCCAAGCAAUAUAGCCUGGCCCUCAGUACAACCGCUCGCAGUUGUCAACAAUCCGUGAUUGAACGGAUGAUCUCACCUGGAGAGAAAGAGUGCCUACUGCCGUACAACGAAACGGACACACUGUACACGCUCACAGUCUCCGCCCAAGAGGGAAGCGGUGGAAACAAGACCAGCGAAGAAAUUUUGAGCGCUUCCAUCGUCGUCCCUAAGAUCGGUGACAGUAUCUCUCUCCCUCCACCGGAAGUGGUGAAGAUCUCCCCUACGAAUAACUCUGUAAAAUUCAACCUGAAAGAACCCCAGAAUGAAUACUCAGGGAAACGGUUGAGGCUCGUUCUCAUAAGUCAGACAGGUCGAUUGAACAAAUCUUCAAUAUUCGAGACCCAGGCUGGAACUCUGUACUAUGGAUCAGAUCUUAAAGCCUUCGAAGAGUAUUUCGGUUCCUUGCAAAGAUGCGAGAACAACUUGCCCGAGCAGUGCGGGAUGCCAACCCAGAUCACCUUCAAGACUCUGAUCGGAGCUCCGAGCGUGCCAAAAGACCUGGAAAUUACAUUCGUCAACGAGAGUCGUAUCGAGGUCCGAUGGGAGCCUCCGGUCGACAUGGGUGCCCCGAAUGUGGAUCAUUACGAAGUCAAGUUGAUCGCGGACGAGAAGCUCAUCGGCAACAUCACCGUUUCAAACGAGACUCUGACUUCGGCUUUCGACCAUCUUCGAUCAGGGAUCUCGUAUACCGUCGAGCUCACAGCUGUGAACAUCGAUGGAUCUAAGGAAAGUUUCUACUCAGAACCCGCAGCGGUCAUGGUCUCCACACCCUCAUCCGUACCGAUUUGGAUCUUCGUCGCCGUCAUCAUUGUCGGGGUCGCAGCCGGCACAGCUUUCUUCGUGAUCAAAACGAAGACAUGAGGGAGUCGAGUUCCAGAAGGCAGAUGCGCUCGCGACUCAGUGCCGACACUUCCCUGUACAUUACACCAGACUGCCCCGUUGAACUAAAUCACUGUCACAUUCACCACAAGCGCCCAAGACUCAUAAAUAAGGCCGGACAUUCAUCGCGGGUUCUUUCCUUCGGGAAUUCGCGAGUUUUUUCGAUUCCCAUAGGCUCUCUAUUGCAAAGCGAAUCCAAGUGCCACGGGAUCCCGUCGCGUUGGCGUAGAAUGCCCUAGCCCGACGAGUAUAUGACCGUAUACUCUUCGAAUCUACGAGCCAUGAAUAGUGUUAUGGGUUGAGAAGAUUUUAUUUUCUGGAACGCCUCCAAACCCAGAAAAACCGAAUCGGAUAAUCUCGAACUUUUUGAGACUCAUCCACGAUAAAGAUUAGGGCUGACCUCGAAUUUUUCGAUUGAGCGGCUGAAUCAUGCUAUCUCCAACUUUCUUCGGGACGCCGGGGAAGGUCGAAGCAAGCUUAGGUUAGAGAGUAGACGAUUCACUGCUCUCUUCAGUCUUGAUAAUAAAUUAUGGUCAAGUCAUUGUCAA